AUGACUUUUGGUAACGAGCCCCUUCGCAGCAAAAACUUGAACCAAAACAUUUUGACAAGUUAUGGAGCAAAUGAACAAGAAUGGAAGAAAGAAUUCAGCCAACAGAUUGAGCUGUUCUUCAACGAAAACAAACAGUCUCAAGAAGAACUUGACAAUAAAAUGGAGGUGAUGAAUCGAAUUGAGAAAAUCAUUGGAAGGGCAGUGCCGAAUGUGAAACUUCGGUUGUAUCCAUACGGCUCAACGACGAAUUGUUGCGGGGCAAAGGAUUCGGACAUCGAUAUUUACAUGAAGGCCACCACAAAGAGACAACGGAAACACUUCCUAAAAGGAAUUCUCGGUUUUCUCGCGCUUAUGAAAACCCAACUGACAACGGAAUUCGGGAGUGAUUUCAAGAAGUUGGAGCUCAAAAAUGCAGUGGUUCCAAUCAUUAACAUAAUCUUUGGCGAUAAAAUCGAUUCUCGUUUUCCCCAACUUGGAUUGCUGAUUAAGAGCUGGGCGGAGAAGAACAAAAUAUAUGGAAGCGAUAAUGGAGGAAUGAAUGGCAUUUCCUACUUGGUGAUGCUGGUUCACUACCUCCAAAAAGGAGCGAGUCCACCCGUAUUGCCAAACCUUCAAAAGUUGUAUCCCGAUGAGCGAGGGGCAAGCAUAACAAGCAUAACAUUUUUGUCAAGGACCCUUAUGGAUCUCCAAACCUGGCCAGAGGAUUGGAAGAUGAUCAUGUUUUUAAGAAGACACUUUAUGCUUUUGAAAGAGCAUAUCAAAUAC